AUGAGCAUUCUGUUGAGAUCUCCAGUCCGCACACACACAGGCUCAUACCAGACCAUCGCUUCAAAUGCACCAAUAGGAUUACUUUGUUUCAGAGACCUUUUCGAACAAGAAGACGCCGUAACUCCUAAUAAACAACAUCUUGAAUCGGUGUUGGCUCGGGACUUCAGGGACUUGGAAAAUGGCACCGAGAGAAGCAAAGCUCGUCAAGACGUCAUCAAUGCCAUAAUGACCCGAAGGUCACGGUAUUCAAAAUACCAAACGGAUAUAUCGCAAUCCUGGUGUAUAACAAACCCAGAUAAAUCCCAGACUGUGCUAUUUGAAGGCAUCCGCUUCAUGAUGUUCAUACAUGAUGAGGAAUGGGUCCGGGUCCCGCUCUCAGGCCGUCUCGAAGUCCGUCCGGCUACCCGCAACGGCAGGUCAGCGGGAGAAAUCGUACAGAGAAAGAUGACCGCGGAUCUCACCGGUUUCUGGCAACGGCGUGAACUCCUUAGAAAGAUCCCCAAGUCCCCUCAUUCGGCCAAAAGGAAUGCGUCGCCCACGUUGCCGCCUUACCCCGAGCUGGACGGAGGACCAAAGCUCGAAGCAGCUCCCAAGACUGAAGUGUAUGGUGAUGUACCGCCCCAGCAGCUCCAGCUCAACAAUACCGCCGCCCUCCGGGUUCAAUGCAGCCACGCCCCCCAGAACCGCGGGGCCAAGAAGAUCUUGUCCCACCUGCUGCCCCUGAAAAACAGCCAAUACAACCUGUCCGGUUUGAAGAAGAUUAUCGGCAGGAUAUGCAAGAGCCAACUUCCUAUGCUCCGUACAUGA